AUGUCUUCAUCCAUACUCAAUAAUCGCUCGGCUCGCAGUACGCCUGCCGUAGCCAACUCCGCCUUUAGCCCUCCUGCCGAAGCCUCCAGCUCUUCGGCCCAAGAGAGAGGUUCAAUUGUGCGAGAUAACUCUCCUGAAGCCGAGAGCCUUCCAUCCAACCCAGCUGUUACGCCUAUCAUCACACAUGGGGAUAACCUCGCGUCGCCCAACGGCCGAAGCUCGGAAGCUGAUACAGUUGUGCCUCUCCAGCCUGCUGUUAGCCAAGACCCCGCCAUUCGAUCUCGUCCCGGCUCACGUACCGGUAACUUUGUCACUCCCAAGACCGCUCGCUUCUCUCAGGAUGGCGCAGAGCCUGUUCAAUACUCGGGCGGCUCGAUAAAGUCUGCUCGACGACGUACACGCGAGCGUGAUGACUACGACUUUGAUCAAGCUGCCGACUACGCACCCAUGAGUGACUAUGAACGGUACUAUCGUACUGAAGGUCGCAAUGAUCGUGAGCGGUACACUCGAAGGGGUCCUUACCCACCUCCCUCACACAUGAACCGUCGUCGAGCACCUCCUCAUGACUCGGACGAGGAGUUCUACAGUAGCGAUGAUCCUCGACUGCCUCCUAAUGGUGGACGUAGGAUGAUGGAUGAAGAGUUGGGCUACUCUGGUCGACCUUACGCUUUCCGACGCACUUCUACUCUUAACGGCUUCAACAUCACAACCGGCAAACUUCAAUGGAAUGAGUUAAGCCGACAGGAGAAGUCAGAAAUUAUGCGUCUUCCAUUGACGCAGUGGAUGAACUCAAAUUUCAAGAACCACUUCGUUGCUAGUAUGGGGGAGUUCAUUGGUACCACCAUGUUCCUCUUCUUUGCCUUUGCUGGCACAGAGGUUGCCAAUAUCCAGGCCGACACCAACAACAGGACAACCACUGGUGAAUCUACAGGCAGUCUUAACGUUUCCAAACUCCUUUACAUCUCCAUCAUCUUUGGAUUUUCUCUUAUGGUCAAUGUCUGGGUCUUCUUCCGUAUCAGCGGAGGUCUCUUCAACCCUGCCGUCACCAUGGCCAUGUUGAUGGUCAAGGCCAUUAGCAUCACAAGAGCUGUCUGUCUGUUCCUCGCCCAAAUCCUUGGGUCCAUGCUUGCCUCGGUUGUUGUGCGGUAUCUAUUCCCCGAAACAUUCAAUGUUCGAACUACUCUUGGUGGCGGUGCAUCUCUGGUUCAGGGUGUAUUUAUCGAGGCUCUUCUUACUGCCGAAUUGGUCUUCACGAUCUUUAUGCUUGCCAAGGAGAAGCAUCGAGCUACCUUCAUCGCUCCUGUGGGCAUUGGUCUGGCCCUCUUCAUUGCAGAGAUGGUCGGAGUCCAGUUCACUGGAGGCUCGCUCAACCCUGCUCGAAGCUUCGGUCCCUGUGUUAUUACCGGUAGCUUCGAUUCGGAGCACUGGAUCUACUGGGUUGGCCCUGCCAUCGGUUCACUGAUCGCCGUAUGCUUCUACUGGUUCAUCAAGACCCUGGAGUAUGAGAUGGCCAACCCUGGCGCCGAUGGCGACGAUCUCAACGACCCCACAAAGAACCCUGAAAAGCGAGCCGAGAUCCAAGCUGCCAAACCGGCGGUAGUGCCCACAGCAGCUUUUGGCACCGGCAAGACGGCUUCCAUUCUCAGUUAA